AUGUCCAAGAAAGAAGAAGCAUUAAUGUCUCUCUGUGAUCUUCCAGUCAUCAAGAUAACAAAGGAUGAGAAUGAAUCAAUGGGCGAUCAAAUUCGAGUAUUGGAACCACAAGAAGAAGAAGAAGAAAACGAUUUUGAAUUUGGGUCAUGGAGAGCCGAUUCUCUUCUAAGAGAACCCAACAUGUGCGCCGCCGAAGACGUUUUCUUCCAAGGACAGAUCCUCCCUCUACGACUCUCCGUCUGCUCCGACAGUGGAAUGGCCGGAAUCCGGCAAGAUAGCAGGUGCGUUUCCAGGUCAGAGUCCAUGGACCAUUUUUAUGGUUUCACCGGUAGCAGGAACAGUAGUAUCAAAAGCCAUAACUCAAACUCCUCAUCGACUGGUGGCUCUGUGACUGCCAUUAGGAAGAGCGAGUAUACCCAAAGGCCGAGAGAGCUGGAGUGGAAUCAUUUUCACGCCCACCCCAGCCCAAGACCGCAGAUUUGGCAAACCACUGCUCGGCCAGGAAAUGGUGGUGGUCGGACCCGGAGAUCGACGGCUUGGGGGUUUUUCCGACUGGGUUUAGUACGGACGCCCGAGAUUGAAUUGCAAGAUCUGAAGCUAAAGCUUUUGAAUAGAAAUAUUAAGAGUUGUGAAAGUAGUAGUAGUAGGAACAGCAAAAACAGGGUGAGGAGGGUGUUUGAUGGAUUUAGUGGGUGUAAGUGUUCAGUGAAUAUAGUUGAAACAAUCGCUUCAAGGAUUGCCAUCAUUAAGAAGGUGAGUGGGAAUGGGAGUGGAAGAGAAGAGAAGCAGGUGAAGCAGAGGAAGCAGGGCAUGGCCCACCGUCGAACCUUUGAGUGGUUGAAGCAGCUUUCGUUGGCAGUAGCAGAUCUGCCUCGGGAGGCAUAGAGAGAGUAGCUAGAGAAAGACGCGCAUGCCUUUCUCUC